CCGAAUUCUGUUCUGCUCGCAGUGUUCUGCUCUCACUCAAACUCUUCUCCCCAAAAUAGCCCUCGAACUUACACCCAAGUCUCAUCUUGGCCGAGGAGCAUUACACAUACGCACAACUACAUUUAACUGUACGUCACCUAUUCAAAGAAAAGAAAAAAAUUAACUAAACAAGACUUUAUCUCUGAAAAAAAGAAAGUAAACCAAUCUAAAAUAAAAAGUUUAAAGUGUGACGAACAAACACUUAUCAGCACCUCGUACGUACAUACAUUCUUGCUCAAUAUAAUCUCUCCUUCCCCCACUGCACAACUUGUCUCUAUUUAUUCACAAAGUUAAACAAACGACUUUCAUCUCACUCCUCGCGAAUUCACUAAACGAACCCAAAGUGAAAGUCAAGAGGAGAAGAAAAACCGUGUGCAACUAACGAAGACCAAAAACUCGAGUCGUCUCAAUUUUACUUUCACUUUCACCAAAAUCUACGGACAAAUGUACAUCCAGUGAAAGUACUGCCAGCGAUUUAAGUCAAGUCCACUCGCAACUUUUCAAGUGUGCUACUUCCUCUUCCCACUUUUGUGGAUAUUCUGAUUUUCUAAUUUCUUAAGGAAAAAGGUGGUUCUUCAAGAAACCACGAAACCAAAACCAUUUCACACUUUCAUCCCAUUUCAUCCCAAUGGAGCGUGCAGAGUUAAUCGGGGUUAAGAAAUUGGGUCAAUUUUGGACAUAAAUUAACUUAAUUUUAGACAAUAGUACUACGUACAUAUUUUACAAGUUUAAAAUAUCUCGAGUGUUUUCGUACUCGUGUAAAAAAAAUCCUAAGUGAAUUUUUGAAAGGUGAAAGCACACACCGAAUUCUCGUCCCUUUCAUCUCAUCUGCAUAUUGUUAACGUACACUUGGAUUUCCUUUGUUGUCUUGAGUGAAUGAGUGUCAAUUUACAAAGCAAUUUACACACAGUGAUGUGCAUACGAACGUCAAGAAGACUGAGUGAGUGAGAGGAGAGGGAUUUGUUGAGAUAUUUGACUAAAGAAAAGCCUACUGACAUUUGAACUCGGCUCAUUUUGCGAUGCAGAAAAUGUAAUCUAAUUCUGUAAAAUGAUAAUGUUCUUCUUGCUGCUACCUUGCUUCUUGCGAGUCAAGUUUUGUUGAUGUGUUUCAAUUUCAUUUCGUUUCGAGAGAAGUUGGAAAAUGAGAUGAAAAUUAGGGCGGAAAUUGUACCAUCUUUCAUCUCAAGGAGGAGAGGGAUGUAGUGUGCUAACUUUGUCUUCAAUGUGGUUUCUGGUUGUCGGGUGCUGGUUUGUUGUUGUGAUUCUUCAUCAUCUCGAAGGAGGAGGACUAACAAUUUAAGGAAUUUGACCAAAAUUCUUCAAGUGAGAGGAGGUGCUUUCACUUCCUUCUUGGGAGGGAAGUAGCAGUGUAAUGUGGUGCGUAUUUUGGAGAGAGGAGGGAACCAAUACGGCCUGGUUGUUGGUUGUGAUACUUCAUCUGCUGGUCGAACUACCGACGAAAAGUGCGGUCAAUCCAGGAUGCGAGUGUGUCCGCUACACGAGUACGUGGGGGAAGGAGUGGGGGGUUUUUAUGAGCCCCGACUACCCAUCCGGCUACCCGGCGAACGUCCGCUGUCUCCUCUAUUCCUUCUCAGCCCCGCCGGGUUUCAUCAUUCACCUUCACCUCGACAAGGUCAACCUCCCUCAGAGACAGGUCAACUAUCCACAGCACAACGGGUGCGUCGACUACCUCAAGAUGUUCAUCCAUGUGGACGAGGUUCGUUCAACUGGGAGCGUCGGGGUCAAUGAGAACACGCCCUGGACGACGCUGCUUUGUGGGAGUGCCACAAAUCUCUCGUAUCAUUCGUCAUCGAGACACUUUAUCAUCCAAUUUCAUUCUGGCCCAAACCUGGCACCACACCCUCAAUCACAAGAGCUACACCAGUACUCGUUCUCGGGGCGGUAUCGCUUCCUCAAUUCGAGUCAAUUCACAUCAACCGGAAGACUGAUGACAGGAACAAAGUGUGAUUUUCAGUUCGUAGGUUCGGAGGAGGAAGGCCGGUUCUUCUCACCUCAUUACCCAUCCACGUACCCGUACAAUAUCAAAUGUGCCUACUUUUUUUAUGCCAGCCUGCACAAACGAGUGAGGAUCGUCUUUGAGUCAAUCUCUCUUCAACCGGGAGAAUACAGUUGCCUCAACAAGACGGACGUGCUUCGAGUGAUUGAUGGAUCAAAUCCCAACUCACCAAUUAUCGCGUUAAUAUGCAAUGAGGAAAAGGACUACGAGAUCCUUUCGUCCGGUCCGCAUCUGCAGGUUGAAUUUCUGGCAAACUCGGACUCUCCAGGGACCGGAUUUCGUGCAAAAUAUCAAUAUGUUCAGGUGCAAUUGGACAGUGCGUUGGACAACACGAGACUUCCGCCAGAAGUACUCAACGGUCAAGACGGCCUCCCACAAGCCUCCACCUUAGUUCCUCAAUGCAACCAGGUCAUUUCGAGUGAUGCUGGGCGAAAUGGAUCAUUUUCAUCGCCGAAUUAUCCCCACCACUACACGCCCAAGACGGAGUGUCGCUACCUUUUCAUUGGUCAUGGGAGGGAGCGAGUGCAAAUUCUAUUUACGGAUUUUAGUCUGUUUCAUCCCAUCGAGAAGGGUGGGCCUGAUGCUGAAGCAGAGCCGACCAGUAGUACGGGUGGGUAUAACUAUCAAACCGCGUAUGGUGCUUAUCCCGGCGGAGAGUCGCAGACUUUGUUGGCCGUGCAUCGAUAUGUGAAUGAGGUUCGGAUCAAUGAUAAGAAGAAGAGGAAAUGUCUCACUGCGGACACGCUAUCCGUUUGGAUCUACUCGGAUGGUCAGUUGGAGAAAGUUGUGACCUUUUGCGGUCACAAGUUACCCCCACCCAUCAUGUCGAAUGGGCACAGACUAACGCUGGAGUUCAAAGGGGCAAGCAACGCCCAUUUUUCGAGAGGGUUUCACGCCAACUACGCUUUUUUGGAAGACUAUGGUAUAACAUCUGGUCGUCAACUUCGCGACUAUCCCUGUGGUUUUAUGUACAAUUCCACCGAAGUGUCGAGUGGAACUUUCACAUCUCCAAAUUACCCCGGAAUUUAUCCAAGGGACACGGAAUGUCACUACUUCUUCUAUGGAGCAUAUGACCACCAUGUUGUCCUGACUUUCUCCUACUUUCAUAUCGAAGGGAUACGACCUUGUCACGAAUCGACGAAAUCGGACUACCUUGAAUUCUCUAAUUACAUGCCGGUGGAUACGUCAUAUGGACGAAAGUGUGGCGUCGGCUUGUCCACUAAACCAUUUCGUCUCAUCAGUGAGGCCCACUUCUUCCGCGUAACGUUUCGGUCAAACGACGAGUUUGAUGGGGGAGGAUUUUUUGCCAGUUUUCACUUUACGGCACAACCAAAAGAAGACUUGAUCGCUACACAUGACCAUUCCAGCAUCCGUCUCAUCCUCCCAGGGGACGAGGUCAACUUGGGGAAUGGAGACGAUGAAUUGUUUGGGAAAGGCGGGGGUGGAGUGACAAACACGAGGUCGGGUGGGCGAAUGACUUCCGGCCCGCAGCUACUCCUUGAACGACUCCUACUCCUCUUCUACUUUUUCCGUCUCCCAGCCCAAUAAAAUGGAAAAAGCUACCAACCAAACAAACUUUCUCCCAUCGGACUGGAACGAAUUCCUUUGACCUGAAAAAAUAUACUUUUUUACGUUUGAAAAGUAUUUAUUUUGAUUUAAUUAGAGAAAUAAACUUACUCACCUCCUUUCUUCUUUACUCGAACAGUUAAAAAAUAUUUACUCCAUUUUAAGGAAUGUAU